CCUGGGCCGUGCGGUACUCCGCAGCAUCACGUGCCAGGGUGGGGGCUAUAAAAUCCAGGAGCCCGGGAGCCGGGGCGGGGGACGUGAGGACCAGCCCUCUCCAGGGACCCCUUUGUUCCCGGCCCAGACGCCGACACCUUCGCGUCCCCAAGGGCUUGACCGCCGGCGUCCACGCUGCUCCGGGGCAGAGCUCAGAACACAAGAGCGGAGGGGGCGCCGCGGCCAGCCGGGCCCUCCAGCCAUUCGUCCCUCCCGACAUGUCGCGCUCUUUCUAUGUCGAUUCGCUUAUCAUCAAGGACACCUCACGGCCUGCACCCUCGCUGCCUGAACCUCACCCCGGGCCGGAUUUCUUCAUCCCGCUGGGCAUGCCAUCCCCAUUGGUGAUGUCGGUGUCGGGGCCCGGCUGCCCGUCCCGCAAAAGCGGUGCUUUCUGCGUGUGCCCGCUCUGCGUCACUUCGCACCUGCACUCCUCUCCCGCUUUGGGGCACCCACAGCAUCACGCACCUGUCUGUGCUGCCACCACCUACAACGUGGCGGAUCCGCGGAGAUUCCACUGCCUCACCAUGGGAGGCUCCGACACCAGCCAGGUACCCAAUGGCAAGAGGAUGAGAACGGCGUUUACCAGCACUCAGCUCCUGGAGCUGGAGCGGGAAUUCUCUUCCAACAUGUACCUGUCUCGACUCCGGAGGAUCGAAAUCGCUACGUACCUGAACCUGUCGGAGAAGCAGGUGAAAAUCUGGUUUCAGAACCGCCGGGUGAAGCACAAGAAGGAGGGGAAGGGCUCCCAGAGGAACAGUCACGCGGGCUGCAAGUGCGUCGGUAGCCAAGCUCAUUACGCGCGUUCGGAGGACGAGGACUCCUUGUCCCCAGCCUCCGCUAAUGAAGACAAGGAGAUUUCCCCUUUAUGAGGGGGUCUCCCCAACCCUGCCCCGCGCACACCAGCUGCUCCCGUAGCUAACACCUAGGGCAUCCCGGGGCCAAAACUCUCGCCCAUCGCCCUCGUCCCAUCUGGAGAAGGAACUAGAGGCUAAGUCAUGGGAGUUCAAAGCUGGGCCUGACCCUUCGCAUCUCCUUCUUGACCUGUUUAUAGAUCAUUUAUUAAAACAAUGUAAAUAAUCUAGAAUUCAACUCAGUCUUAUUAUAUAACAGAAGAAAAACAGGGUUGGUUUACUACUGUAAAGGGUUUUUUGAAAGUGCAUGUCAUUUCUAUGUCCCUGUUUUUCAGAACCUGAUAAGAACACAGGUUUCUUCAUUAUUUUUGUUGUUAUUUUAAACUGAAAUCAAUGAGGUUACCAAUAACUUAGAAAUUAAACCCUGUAGGUCUUGCUUUCUGAAAAUUUGCCUGGGGAGAGUUUCCAAUCCAUGUUGCUGGAAGUCCCUUCAUAUGUGAAUAGUUUUAUAUAAAAUUUAUAUUUAUAUUUAUUUAAAUAAA